AUGAUGACUGGCUGUUCAGCCGUUUCAGAUUUCCAAGAGCCAUCCUCUUGUGCUGAGUUGGGUCCGAGUCUGGAGAGGGGCACAAGGAGGAGCCACGCACUACCUGUCCCCCUGCAAGUGCUGACCACGCUUGGUUUCCUGGCUACCGGGUCCUACCAGUGCGAGUUGGCAGACCGGUCAGGAAUAAGCCAGUCUGCACUGAGCCGGGUAAUGCCAGCUGUAUGGGACGGGAUCAUCCGCAUGUUCGGCAGGUACAUCAGAUUCCCGUGUGGUGCAGCUGACCUUGCAAAUAUUAAAACGCAAUUUGCAGCGAUUGCCGGUUUCCCUAAUGUAAUCGGUGUGAUUGACUGCACACACAUUGCAAUAAAGGCGCCAUCGGUGGAUGAAUUUGUCAAUCGCAAAACCUUUCAUUCCAUCAACGUGCAGAUCAUAUGUGACGCACAGAUGCGCUUCACAAAUGUUGUGGCAAGGUGGCCUGGCUCGACCCACGACUCCUUCAUCCUCACCAACAGCCUGAUGGGGAUGAGGCUCCAAGCUGGCAGGGUGCGGAAUGGAUGGCUCCUUGGUGACAGCGGCUAUCCACUGAAGGGGUGGUUGUUGACCCCCCUCACCAACCCCCAGACUGCCCGAGAACUCGCUUACAACCACGCUCAUACCAUCACUAGAGCUGUUGUAGAGCGAGCGAUCCAGCAGCUGAAAUGUCGGUGGCGCUGUCUGGACAGGAGCGGGGGGAUGCUGCUGUACCGCCCCGACAAGGUGGACCGCAUCAUUCUUGCUUGUGCCACCUUGCACAAUCUGCCGCACCGCCAUGGCGUCCCACUGGCUGAGGUGGAGGAGCCAGCAGACGAGCCAGAGCCAGCACCCCCCCUUGUGCAACCCCAUGCAGCUGCCAUUCGGGCCCGACAACGUGUCAUUGACACACUAUAG